UAACCCUCCAAUGCUCACGUGGGGACGGCCCAACCUCAAAUAACUUCCAUUUUGGUCCGACUGACCAACAACAACCCCCUCCUCGCAGCUCAGGAUGGUAGGAGAAAGCGUGUGAGGAGGAGUGUGUGGCAGAGAGGUUUGAAAGUAAGAAGAUGAGCGUCUGCAUAAAUGAUCAAAGAGUAUUCAUAAGGACACUCGUGGACCUUUCAGUGGAGAGUUUGGCCCGGACCAGACUCUAGACCAGGUUCUGUAGCAGCUUUAUCUCAGGAGACGCCACAGGAUUGACACGCUGUUUUUGUCCAAGGCAGUAUUUUCUGCGUAACUCCAAAUAAGGAUGAGCUCUAAACUGAAAGGUGUCGUCAUAACGCUGGAUGACAUCACAGGACUUCUGCUGAAACUUCAGGUUGUUUGUGGGUGUCAGAUAUUCCUUCGAGGCCGUUAAGAAGUCUUAUUUCUUGACAGUCAUGGACUCCCAGGGCGGCCCGUACCUCAACAAGAAUGCCCUGUGCUCGGCUCUGGGCGCUGCCCGCCUCUGUCAGCUGGCUAUGGGCUGUGCCGUGAUCGCCAUGGUAACCCACAGUGCCGGCUACAGCGGUUCCCAUGGCGUGUUCUGCAUGGCAGCGUGGUGCUGCUGCUUUGCCGUGUCAGUCCUGGUGUUUUUCCUGGAUGCCACUCGUCUGUACAGCUGCCUGCCCAUUUCCUGGGACAACCUGACGGUCACAUGUGCUGCCUGUGCAACACUCAUGUAUGUGACCGCCUCGGUGGUUUACCCGCUCUUCUUCGUCCGAUCCGAGUGCCCGUACGCUGGCUGUGAUGUCCGAGAUUUCCGCAUUGCCGUCACCGUCUGCUCCAUCCUGGGCACGGUGGCCUACGGGGCCGAGGUGGCCCUGUGCCGGGCCAGACCGGGCCACAUCGUGGUGGGCUACAUGGCCACCGCGCCCGGCCUCCUCAAAGUCGUUCAGGGCUUCGUGGCCUGCGUCAUCUUUGGAGCUUUAGCCAACAGGAGCGAGUACUCCCGUUACACCGCUACCAUCUACUGCGUUGUCGUCUACGCCUUCUGCUUCGUUCUGACAGCGCUGGUGGUCAUAAUGACCGUGUGUAAACGGACCAAGGCCGUGCGCUGCCUGCCCUUUGACCGGUUUGUGGUGGUGUGCACCCUCCUGGAGGUCCUGCUCUACCUCAGCGCUUCCGUGGUGUGGCCGGUGUUCUGCUUCGACACCAAAUACGGCUCCCCGUCCAGACCAUCGUCAUGUCCGCAGGGGAAGUGUCCGUGGGACAGCAAAGUCGUGGUGGCGGCGUUCUCUUGUGUAAACUUUGGACUUUACCUGGCGGACCUGGUGUAUUCCCAGAAGAUACGAUUCGUCUCCUCUCAUAGGCCGUCUAACUCACGGGUGUAGUCGCCUCAUCCAGCAUCACCGGCUUAACGAGCUUGAGUUAUUCAUUUAAUUACAAGCUGGUGAGUUUAUUUGUGAAUUUAUUUCACAAGGAAAGAAAUCCCCCGAAACACAGAUACACAUCUUAACGGCUAUACAUACAAGACACCGCAAAUUCUAAUUCCGGGCUGUGAAAGAAUUUCAGCACCAUGUUGCCCCCACCACACCCGACUAAAGUGUCACCCCGUGUCACCCUUUACACGGCCCCCACCCGCCUCCUUGAGAGCCAGCCUUAUCCAAGAUGCCAGGACCCUCUGGUAUGCCCCGCUAAAUCCUCAUAAUACGACACAUUCCUACUAUUCCUAACCAGCGGCAUAACCCAGAACCGCUCGCUCCUCGUAUUUCUAUAACGAUGAUGCAGGAAAAUCUUAAACACAAAUAGUAUAUCUGACUUUGGUAUCCGUGGCAUCCUUGCCAUCUGCAAACCCCACACCCGGUGACCUACGGACUUUACCCAGGCUCCCAAAAAUAAACCUCAGCCGUCUGGACUUGUGCUGAAGCUAUGACACAGCAUUCACGAGAGACUGAUGGACUUAAGAGCUCCAGCUGAAAUGCUUUUUUUGUGUGUGAUUAUAAAAAGAAGGACACCAAUGUCAGACUCUUUCUUUUGGCUGCUUCCUGUCAAGAUGAUCUUCAGUGUGAGUUGUUUUUUGAAAAUACACAGCGUUAGUGAUUGCGCAAUAUGAAUGAUGGUCAGUGUGACCGAUAAACGUUCGUUUGCACAGGAGAUGGUACACAAAGAGGUCAUGUCUCAACAAGCAGUUCAUUUAUUGUGAGAGUGAAAAACUAUGUAUGUGGUUAAAUUGUAUUUUUAAGUGUGCACACAGUGUGAUUUUACAAUUAAAUAAAUGUUGUUAAUUUACUAUUAAGUUUCUGAGAUCAUUCCAAGGCCCCCCAAAAAGUUCACCUUUUGUCCAGAACUACACACAGCAGCAGGAUCAAAUAUUAUUUUUAUGGGUUUAUAAGGACAAAUGAAUAAAUGAGUACCGUAUUUUCUGGACUAUAAGCCGCUACUUUUUUCAUAGGUUUUCAACCGUGCGGCUUAUACAAAGGUGCAGCUAUUCUGUGGAUUUUUCUUCCACCGCUCGGGGCGCUCUAACCGGAAUUAGAAUCAAAACUAAGACAAAAUAAAUGCAAAGAAGAAUACGCUACUACUUCUUUAGCAGAUAGAAGUAGGUAAAAGCAGAUUUCAAACAGAUAAAUAGAUAAAUAAAUACCGGUUAUUUUCUCUUGGUUCUGUCCCGUUUUAAUCAGCAAAGUUGCUGCCGUGUUAAAAGACACUGUUAGGAAAGAUCUAUUUAGGUACAAACAUGUACAUACAAAAGUUGGCAGUUCAAAAUCCUUCUGUACAUGUAGUAAAUGUCUAAUCUAACAUAAAUAUCUGCGGCUUGCAUAUCUUUUAAUUUA